AUGGAUAUCUCUUUAACUAAAAAAUCCAAACCGGCUAAUCAAGAUCUUACAGAAGAAAUAAUUAAAACAAAAGCUAAAUGGUUUGCAAAUUAUCUUAAAAUCGAAAAAUUUGAAGUAUCAAAUGGUUGGUUAGAAGCUUUUAAAGUUCGGAAUCAUAUUCAACUUUAUAUUAAACAUGGUGAAGCAGCAAGUGUACCUUUGGAAAUUUUGAAUAAUAGUCGACAAAAUAUUCAAAAUAUUUUAAGUUCUUAUCAACCACAAGAUAUUUGGAAUAUGGAUGAAACCGGUUUAUUUUGGCGAAUGAAGCCAAAUAAAUCAUUAGCACAAGAUCAAAUUAUUGCUAUUAAAGCUCUUGAUAAUGAACAACACAAAGCCGAAAAUAAACUUGGUCAUUUAAUUGAUUUAUUUAACUACAAUGAUCCAAUGAAUCCUGCCG